AUGGUUUUAAAUAGUUCAAUAACUAAAAAACUUAGUGUAAUCUUUCAAACAGAUUAUUCAGAUAUGAUUAUGAGAAUAAUUAUGGAGACAACAGGUGAAAAGAAUUACAAAACAAGUGAAGAAUCUAGAUUCCUUUUUUUUAUAAGGCACACCUUAGUAGAUUUUGUUGCAAUGUUCAAGUAUCUAUCACCUAGGGUUCUGGUUAGAGAUAUGUCUGAAAGAUUGUACAUUGUUGAAUGCCUUUCACCAAUUCUUUGUGCAUUCAGAAAUGCAUUUCCUGAUGUGAAAUAUGAAUUAAUAGAUGCAAUGGAAAUUUUAUAUGUGGAAGUGUCUGGGUCACCUUAUAAACAUGACAAAAAACACACCAUCAGGGAUGUCAAAAAAUUACUUGUGAUGGCUGUUUGUAAUUUAUGCAGAAUACUUUCAAAUAACUUUGAUUGUUCAAUUGAUGAUGCUAAACAAGUGAGGACAUAUAGUAUUCAAGCAAUCGGAGAUUGA